CAUGCCCCGUGCCCAGUCACAGACGCUUUCUCUUCUGAACGAGAUCAGAACGUGCGCGUACUCUUGGCGGCAGUCGUCCAACAUUACUCUGUGGCUUCAGAACGCGCCGGUCACAACUUGAAAACAGAUACCUGCACAGGCAUAACGAAGAUUACAUAUACAGACAUGGGGUUCCUACUUGAAACCACAAUUCUGGUUCCGGGCGCUCUGCUUGUUUGUCUCCUUGUUGCGUUUUAUGUCUACUUCAAGAUGUCCUUCACCUAUUGGAAGCAAAGAAAUGUAGCUUAUAUUAAACCAACUUUCCCCUUUGGAAAUUUCAGUGACCUGUUAUUGUUGAGAAAACCUAUAGGACAUGUAUUCAUAGAUCUUUACAGAAAGCUUGGCGGUGAGAAAUAUGGAGGAUUUUACACGUUGGCCAAACCUGGAUUUGUAUUCCGUGACCCAGAUAUCAUCAAAAGUAUCCUAGUUAAAGAUUUUUCUAGUUUUCACGACAGGGGAUUCUUCACAGAUGAAGAAUUUGAACCACUUACUGGUCACUUGUUCCUUCUUACUGGAAAAAAGUGGAGAAAUCUUCGCGUUAAGUUGGCUCCAACUUUCACUUCCGGUAAAAUGAAGAUGAUGUUUCAAACUUUGGUUGAUUGUGGACAAGAGCUUGGAAACAUUCUGGAGGAAAUUGCUAAUAAUGAAGAGAUUAUUGAAAUAAAAGAUAUCAUGGCUAGGUACACCACGGACGUAAUAUCGUCAUGUGCAUUUGGCAUCCAAUGUCAUUGUCUCGAGAAUCCAGACGCUGAAUUUCGUCAAUGGGGAAGGAAACUCUUCGAAUCGUCGACCAUGUUGUCAAUAACCGGAAGUCUCAGUACAUUUAUCCCAUCUGCUGUGCGACCCUUGAACCUGAGACUUAUAGACCCCAAAGUCUCAAAAUAUUUUCGAAGAAUGGUUCAUGAAACAGUGCGUUACAGGGAGAAGAAUAGUAUUAAACGGAAUGAUUUUAUGGAACUGCUUAUCCAGAUCAAGAAUAAGGGCAAAGUGGAAGAAGGAAUGGAAGAGAAUGGAAUUGGAAAUAUGGAGAAUAAAUCUGGCGAACUUGGUAUGUCGAUGGACUCUCUGGCAGCCCAAGCCUUUGUGUUCUUUAUUGGAGGAUUCGAGACUUCGUCAACCACCAUGACGUUCUGUCUGUACGAGCUGUCAUUGCACCAAAAUAUACAGGAACGUCUCCGGGAAGAGAUCGACAUAGUGCUGAAGAAACAUGAAGGCAAGAUUACGUAUGAAGCCAUCCAGGAGAUGGAGUAUUUGGAUAAAGUUGUCGCAGAAACCCUUCGGAAAUAUCCAGUUGUUCCAAUCUUAAACCGUGAAUGUACCAAAGCCUACAAAAUACCUGAUACGGAUAUUGUUCUGGAGAAGGGAAUCUUGACGGUUAUACCCGUCUUGGCCCUUCAUCACGACCCUAAGUAUUAUCCUGACCCUGAGAGAUUCGACCCGGAGAGAUUCAGUGAAGAGGAAAAGGCGAAGAGGCACCACUACGUGUAUCUGCCCUUCGGAGAGGGUCCCAGGAUAUGCAUAGGCAUGCGGUUCGGGCUGAUGCAAACCAAGGUGGGACUUGUCUCACUUCUCUCCAAAUACCAGUUCACUUUGAGUAAGAAAACCCCAGUUCCGGUGGUCAUAGAUACAAAGACAUUCUUUUUGUCACCUGAUGGUGGAAUGUGGCUACAGAUUAAGAAGCGAGCUAAAUGUACUGUUUCUACUUAAUUUGGGAGACUAAAAUUUCGAGGCAGGUCACGGUAGCCGAGCCGUCUAAGGCAUGCACUGUCUUCUCUUGCUCGGAAGCCGGGAUCGUUGGUUCGAA